AUUUAAUAAUUAUGCAUGUUUUUUUUCUGUUUAAAAGACUUUAUUUGCGCUAUUUGAGCUGAAUUCGCCACUGGGACGAGGUGGCAGCAACGCCAUAUUUUCCCUUAAAAAUAACCACAGACUGCGAGACACGGCGACUUAAGAAGAGGACUGCCCUCAGCCCCCCGUCAGAGAGGAUGGCACAGGAGACCAACCAGACGCAGGUGCCCACGCUGUGUGCCAUGGGCUGUGGCUUUUACGGAAACCCACGUACCAACGGCAUGUGCUCCGUCUGCUACAAGGAGCACCUGCAGAGGCAGCAGGGCCGGAGCAGCCCCCCAGCAGCCUCCUCCUCCCCCUCGGUGGUCAGUGGGUGCGGUGCCUUGGGGGAGAGCACCCCAGUCCAGUGCACAGAGGGGAGCCCCGAGUCUGAAGAGAGCGAGACCAGCACCCCCAGUCCCGUCACUCAGCAGAUGACAGCGAUGAGCAUCUCCCGGGACGACAGCAUGACUGAGCUGGAGCGAGGGGACAAGGAGGCAGAGCAGCAGCAGCAGCAGGAGGAGGAGGAGGAGGGAGGAGCAGCCAAAUCAACAGGUUGCCCCGUUGCAGUUUUGGAAGCGGUGCAGUGUUCCUCUGAAGGGGAGGAGAAGACACCAGACAAGACGAAGAAAAAGAACAGGUGCUAUAUCUGUAGGAAGAAGCUGGGUCUGACAGGAUUUGAUUGCCGCUGUGGGAACCUGUUCUGCGGGAUCCAUCGCUACUCUGACGAGCACGGCUGCCCGUACGACUACAGGUCAGAGGCAGCAGAGAAGAUUCGCAAGGAGAACCCCAUUGUGGUGGCAGAGAAGAUCCAGAAACUGUGAAAACGUUACGUUCCCGUGCAAAAAAGAAAAACUGACAAUGAAACAAACCUGAGGACGAAACAGGUCGUUGUGACACAUCUUGAGAGACCCCGAGAAUGCUUUCCUAUACUGACUAGAGGCAUCCGCAGGGGGCCACAGGACAAAAGGAGAAAACGAUUAAAAAAAAAAAAAAAAAAAAAAUUUAAUAACUGUGUGUGUAUAUAUAUUUAAAAAAUCCAAAAAACACACACAAAAAAAAAAAAUUAAGAGCGAGAGAGAGGCAGUAUACUUUCAAAAGCUACCUUUUACCUUUCUGAACUUGGGGAUAAUGAUGCAAAUGUGUUUCAUGUAAACAGGGAGCUCCUGAGCGUGGUUUGAAACUUGAUGCUGUUUGAGAAGAGAAUGGUGGGCUCCCGUGUGUGUGUGUGUGUGUGUGGGGGCGGGGGUGGGUAGACUGGCAUUAAUAUGUGACUAAACGAUUUUUUUAAAAUCCGCUUAAGACACCCGAUGGAAAUUGGUACAUUCAACAUCAUCGGCCACUGGUACAAAGUUUGAAUGUGAGAGAAACAAGGUCUGGGAAAGACAAGGAAAACAGUGGUGGUGUAACUAGAAACAGCAUUGCAUUGUUUAGCAGUUGUAUUGACUUUCUAACGAGACAGAUAUAUAACCUGCAUUUUUUUCUCAUACGUACAAAGGCAGACUUUGGACCUGGUGUAAAUUGGAGCGAGGAAGCUCCUUUUUUUUUGUUCUGCACUGCACUGCACUCCACGUCUGCUUGGCUUGUGUAACAGGUUACAAGAUCCUUCCUAAAGUCUUCAUGCUUCAGUUCCAUGCUGUCCAUAGGAAACCAUGUGGGGUCAGGUGGGAGCCUUUGAUUUGUAACGCAGGAAGGAAGCAGGAGAGAGGAAGCCAUGUGCUUCCACCACACAAGCAGUGCUGCAGCAGAGCAAACUGUCCACCAGUGUUAAGAUCAGAGACUUGUUGUUGCACCUUUUUAAAGUACCUGUUUAAUAUAAAAUACAGACUCCUGGACUAUUGGAGUAGAGCUUGAAGUGCCGAAUUUACAGUAUACUGUACAUAUGUGUUCAUCUUCUAACGGCCUUCUUGCCCCCACCCCCCAUGGAUGAAUGGAGAUUGGAAAUGAGAUUGUAAUUCUUGCUUUUCAGGGGAGAUUGUAACCUCUGCUCCACUGUUUCAGCUCAUUACAGUGUUGGAACCAUGUACAGUAUGUCAGUUUGAGAGGUUGGGGAGGGUGAUCCUGAGAUGACUGAGUGAAUCUGUGCUUUAAUUUCCCUUUUUAUUUUAAUGUAUGGCACCAGAGGAUUUAUUAUUAUUAUUAUUAUUAUUAUUAUUAUUAUUAUUAUUAAUAUAUUGCAGUUAGCUUGGUUUGUGUGAUUUGUUUUUAGGAGAGGUGUGUGCAGGAUUGGCAUGGUGAUUAAUUGAUUGUGUGUCAGUGGGUGUGUGUGUCAGUGUGUGAGUGUGCACGCACAGAGUAAUCUUUCGAUCUUCCGAUUUCUUUUUCUCUCAUUAAUUUAAGAAAUAUAUAAAGUUAAUAUUAAUCCA